AUGACCGAAAGCCCUAUUCGUCGCUUGAACGGCAUGAAAGCCUCAGCUCUCCCCCAACGUCGCACAGUCGCCCACUUUCUCCCCGACAAUCCAGUGAACGGUGUCUCUGUUCAUCCCAGGGGCGAGAACGGAGUGGAUGACAGCUCCGAUAGUGCCUCCACAGGAUCGCAAAUGAAUGGCAUUGAGGAACCAAAACGGCCUACCAUGUCUCGCAAGGCUUCAUCGCCUAUGGCGCCCACAUUCAUGGUGUCCGCGCCGGGCAAGGUCAUCGUGUUUGGCGAGCACGCCGUGGUCCAUGGCAAGGCUGCCAUGGCAGCAGCCAUUUCCCUUCGUUCCUAUCUACUCGUCACCACCCUCUCCAAAUCGCAGCGCACAAUCACCUUGAAUUUCCGCGAUCUAGGUCUCAACCAUACUCUCGUCACGGAUCUCGACCCCGAACUUGUCGAAUCGCUCGAGCCACACCUCCAGGGUGUCUCCAAGGGUCACCCAGACCGCAAAACCCAUAUCCGCUCCGCCUCCGCCUUCCUCUACCUCUUCCUCUCCCUAGGCUCCCCCCAAAGCCCAGGCGCCAUCUACACCCUCCGAUCCACCAUCCCAAUUGGAGCUGGCCUAGGCAGCAGUGCCAGUGUCUGCGUGUGUCUCAGUUCCGCGCUGCUUCUCCAGAUCCGCACCCUCGCCGGCCCCCACCCAGACCAACCGCCUGAAGAAGCAGAGACCCAGAUCGAGCGGAUCAACCGCUGGGCUUUUGUCGGAGAGCUUUGCAUUCAUGGCAACCCCAGCGGGGUGGAUAACACGGUGGCCGCAGGCGGCAAGGCCGUGAUUUUCCGUCGCUACGAUUACACGAAGCCCCCGACUGUUCUGCCGCUGCCCACAUUUCCCGAGCUGCCCCUCCUCCUUGUUGAUACCCGGCAAGCGCGUUCCACAAAGACGGAAGUCGACAAGGUCGGCAACUUGAAAUCGGCCCAUCCCAUUGUGACGGAGUCUAUCCUCGACGCCAUUGAUCAGGUGACUUGCUCGGCCCAACGCUUGAUCGAGGAUCCCAACUUCGAGGGUAUCUCUGAGGAGACACUCGCCCACUUUGGUACCUUAAUUCGCAUUAAUCACGGCUUCCUCGUCUCUCUUGGUGUCUCCCACCCCCGUCUCGAGCGGAUUCGUGAACUCGUCGAUUACGCCGACAUUGGCUGGACGAAGUUGACCGGUGCAGGUGGAGGUGGAUGUGCCAUCACACUUCUCCGCCCCGAGGCCAAGGCCGAAGUCAGACAACAGCUCGAAGACAACUUCGCCAACGAGGGCUUCGACAAGUACGAAGUUACUCUGGGUGGCGACGGCGUGGGCGUCCUCUACCCAGCCGUCUUACGCAACGGCACAGACGAAGAGGGCGGCGAGGAGAUUGAUCAGCAAAAGUUCGAACAAGCUGUAGGUGUCGAGGGCAUCAAACGUCUCGUCGGAGUUGGUGAGGGAUGGAAGUACUGGCAGCGGGCUACUGCUCACUAA